AUGGAUGGAUCGUUGAAAUGUGGGUUAUUUCUUGUGUGAGAAGGAAAGUUCGAAAAAAAGUGAGAAAAAAAUAGAAAUAAUUCGAAGAAAAAAAUUUAUCUAUUCUAUCAGAAAGAAAAAGAUUUUAUAAGUCCAUCCCCUGCGAAUUAAAAAAAGUCUGAUUAGUCGGUGUCCUUUUUUUCCAAUUCAAGGCUCGAAAAAGCUCGGAAUUUUUCAGCUCUGCCAGAAUUUGAAAAAAGCUCAGGAUUUUUCAAUUCAAAGAACGAAAUUUGUUAACUCUGAAUUUCAAAAUUUGGAAUAGUGAAAUUAUUUUUGGAGGUUCAAUGCAAAUAAUAAUACAGUUUCAAAAAAAGACCUUUAACGGAAUCCAUUUGCAAACAGAGCAAUAUAAAAAUUGAAAAAUAGAAACAAAAAAAUUUCAAAGGUAGAGAUUUUUUUAAAAAAAUUGAGGAAAUUUCAAGUUUUAAUAAUAAUCAAAAAGAUUAUUGAUCUUUACUGGUUGUAAAAAAAUUCCUUUUUCCAAGAAACUGAUAUAGCUGAUUCACGGCUGGCUUGAGCCAUCGAAAAAAUGGUCCCGACACGAUGAGAAAAGAGGCAGUGCUUAGUUCGUGGAGAGCGCAGACAAGCCACGUCCUUUUGAGGCCCAAGCUAGCCGUGAACAGGCUAUAGAAUAUUUUCAAACAUACUUCAAUCGUCAUUUCAGCGGCCAGGUCGACUAUUCAAAAAACGGUCAGGUCGCCGACGCCGACCGUACCGGCGGGACCGCUUACGGCACUUCCAGCAGCAACCUCGCCAGUACUGGCCACUGAUGAGGACGGCGAAAGAAAAGAUAGCGGUCCGAGGCAGAUGCCGAAGCUCAGUCCCUCCGAGGAGUUCGUCAACCGGCUGAUUCCGAAGAUUCUGGCGUGCGGAGUGCCCGGAAGGAACCUCACUCAAGUUGUCACUCAGGCCGAUAUCUCUGAGAUAGUCUCGCUCGUCACGUUAGUUCUGCAUUUGGGACAUCUUUUUCUCUGCUCUCUCUUUCAUUGUCCGUUCUUUGGUGUGUUUAAUUGUGUAUAGCUGAUUCACGGCUGGCUUGAGCCAUCGAAAAAAGGGUCCCGACACGAUAAUGCACGAUAAUGCACGAGACAGCGCCUGGCUCGUGGAGAGCGCAGACAGGACACGCCCCCUUAAAGUCCCGAGCUGGCCGUGAAUCAGCUAUAGUUAGUGAGAGAAAAGAGAGCGCAGGCAGGUGAUAUGGUUGAAAAUCGUGCCGAGUAGACUAUAGAAAAUUCAAAAAUUAACAAUCCAGUCCGAUCUUCGCCAAACAGCCGUGUUGUUUGGAGAUCGAGCCACCGUUGAAGAUCUGCGGCGAUAUUCACGGCCAGUUCGGUGGUUCGUCUGUUCAAUUCAUAUUUGUGUAUUUUUUCCUUUUUCUAUUUCAGACCUGCUGAGAAUCCUCGACCGCAGCGGAUUCCCGCCAAUUAACAACUAUCUGUUCCUUGGCGACUAUGUCGACCGCGGCAGGCACAGCCUCGAAGUCGUCUUGCUGCUUUUUUGUUACAAAGUUCGUCUGAAAAGUUUGAAUGACGUGGCUCGAGAAAGGGGCUUCUAACUCAAACUUUUUCUAGAGAGCUUAUGGUUUGAGUAGUGAAAAGUUCCCUUGUCAGUGACGUCAUUGAGAAGCUCAAAAUAAAAAAUUUGGAAUUCAGUUUAAGGCAUAGGGGCAGUAAAAAACGGGGUUUCAGGUGAGAGCAUCUUAUAUAGUUUUUCAUUUCGAAUCGAACUGUGCUAUCAAAAUAAUUACAGAUGUGACAGCUUUAGAAGCAAAACGCGAUUUUACUUUCCCGCCUUUAUUUUUGAAAAAUUCUUUGGAUCGGUAUGCAGACAACUGUUUACAGUAGCCGUGCACGCGAUGUUGCGGGCGUCUCAUUAGACUCGCAUUUUGUGAAAAAUAACCGGAUAUCUGCUUCAAAUCAAGGGUUUCUUUUUUGAAAAUCGAUUAAGAAAACAGAAAACACACAUUGAUAAUAAAGAAAACACAAAUAAUCGCUAUCCUAAUCGAAACCUGUGUAAAAUCAUCAUUUUUCACCAGAAAAGCAUUUUUGCGAUCAAAGCUUGCAAAUUAUACAUGAAUAGGAAGCUUUUGAGACAAAAAGAAUUUUGGUGACAACAGAAAAAAUUGAAAUUUGAAAGAAACGAAAAAAAAAAGCGAAAAUCCGGAAAAUGGCGAAGCCUGUUGUCCAUAGAGCAACUUUACUGCAAAGUACCCUUUUUGCGGGAACUCAAACUUUCCUCUCUCCGACUUUGAAUUAUUUUUUCCUCAAAACUAGGAAGUUUGGUUUGUUUCCAAGUUCACCGUUCGAUUCGCAAUGAAAAGCUCUACAAAGUACUGCUUUUAACUGAAACACCGUUUUUUACUGCCCUUAUACCUUUAACGUAGAGCCCAUACGGAAGCUCAUCCGGAAGAAUUGAAAACCCGUCAAAAUUUUCCAGAUCAAAUAUCAGAACAGUUUCUUUUUGCUGCGCGGCAACCACGAGUGCCGGAUUAUUAACCAAAUGUAUGGGUUUUACGACGAAUGCUUGCGACGGUAUUCCGUUGAGCUUUGGACCGAUAUUCAGGUUCGGAAUCCAUUUAUUCAAAAUGAAGCAAAAUCAAAAAUAUAGAGUGCGUUUGCGUUAAUGCCAUUGACAGCCAUUAUCGCUCAAAGAAUAUUGUGUAUGCAUGGCGGGAUCUCACCAAAGGUAUGCUUUAUUUGGUCGCAUGAAGAAUGGCUCAUUCGAAAUAUUCACAGAUGACGAGCUUGAAAGCGUUGCGCGAAAUCGAAAGGCCUUUGGAGUUUCCGCCGAAUCCUUCACUCGCCGUUGACAUUCUCUGGAGCGACCCUUGCACCAAUAUUAAGGUUUUUAAAACAGUUUUUUUUUUUCAAAGUCAUUUUGAAGCGAUUUAGGGUUGGCAGUUGAAUACGCGAGGCGUUUCCUACGUUUUUGGGGCCGAUAAGCUGAAAGAGGUUGUCGAGACGCUCAACAUUGAUCUCGUAGUCAGAGCUCAUCAGGUUGGGAGAUACAAUCGGCUCGAAACGUUUAGCGAAAAAGUGGAAUAUCCGAGCUACGACACAGCCAAAACGAGUCCCAAAAUCUAAUUUUUCUUUUUCAGGUGGUCCAGGACGGCUACGAGUUUUUCGGCAAUCGACGACUUGUCACGAUCUUCUCCGCACCUCACUAUUGUGGCCAGUUUGAUAAUAAUGCCGCCAUUAUGAGUGUUAACGAGAAUCUGAUUUGUUCCUUUCUGGUGAGGUUUUGAAACAAGUUAUCUCAUACAUUUAUGGAACUUGAGACCCUGAGACCAAUGCAACGCGUGUUAUGGUGGAAGAACAAGAGCAGCAGGAAAAAAACGUGA